CCCCUGGUAUUGAAGCUGCUCUUAAAUACCGCCAUCUUAAAUACCGCCUGCGUCGCAAACUUACCGCGACGUCCUCUGCAGCCAAGCCGUUCUUGCGCUUGUCAUUGGCCAUUGUUCCUUAUCCUUGGGAUCUGAUCCCGCUGCCUGAAAACCCUAACUGAGGCACUAAGAGGCUGAGACACUCGCUGCGGUAACCAUCUAGCUGCUCAGAUCCCAAGGAUAAGGAACAAUGGCCAAUGACAAGCGCAAGAACGGCUUGGCUGCAGAGGACGUCGCGGCUCAAGUGGGGAAGAAGUCGAAGAAGGUCAAGAAGGAUCAGUGGGCGAAGGCUGAAGAGGCGGCUCCGCCGGAGGAGGAUAGCAAGAAGGGCAAGAAGGACAAGACGAAGCACAAGAAGGGGGAGGCCGCGCAGGAGGCGCCCAAGUCCGAUAAGAAGCACAAGAAGAAGGACAAGAUAACCAAGCGUACCGAGGUGGAGGAGGAGGAGGCGGAGGCACAGGAGGCGCCGGCGGCCAAGCACAAGAAAAACCAGAACAGCGGCUAUAUGGAGGAGGAGGAGUUGGAGAACUCGCCUUCGCGGGGCGCGCGGGAGGCCAUCCAGCAGCCGGGCAAGAAGCACAAGCAGAAGGACAAGCAGCACGCCGAGGUGGAGGAGGAGGCGGCGGAGGCGCCGGCGGCCAAGCACAAGAAAAACCAGAACAGCGGCUUUAUGGAGGAGGAGGAGGCGGAGGAGGAGGAGUUGGAGAACUCGCCUGCGCGGGGCGCGCAGGAGGCCAUCCAGCAGCCGGGCAAGGUGGUCACCGCCGGGAAGGCCUCCAAGCGUGUGAAGGCCGAGGAGAGUCUAAGCUUUUUACAAACGGAGCUGAAGCUAGCCAAGAAGGACCUUGAGGUGCUUGCUGCCAAGAAGGACCAGGAGCUAGCCAACUUCGGCGGCCUUGUUGAGUUUGUGGAGGCAGAGUGCAUGCCGAAGGCGUACAAGGGCCUGCAGCGCGCCGAGAAGUGGCGUGCGUACUUCAAGAAGAAUGAGAACCUGGCCCAGUGCGCGGCGCAUCACGGGUUCUCCAACCCGGGAGCCGAGAUUGUGACCAUCUUCCGGGACCUGUCAGACGACAUCCACAACCUGAACGCCACGCGCUUCAUGACCCGGUUCAAAACGGAACUGCUGCGAUUUGGGCCGCCGCUGAGCCUGCGACAGGCAGAGCUCCUUGUGUGCAUCGCCACGCACCUCGGCUUCCGCAGCGAGGCGCACGGAGUGCUGGAGAAGACCGUGAGCCCGUAAGGGGGUAAUGCUGGAACAACACGCAGCUGUGCUGCCUCGGUCCUGCCCUCGUCCCUAUCAUGGCGGCCGUAAGCGGACGGCGGCUCAGGGCAUCGCCAUCAGUUCAGCCCAACAAUGCGCACGCAUGCAUAGGGAGGUCAAGGCCAGGACGGUGGAGGAACCCUGCGGCACAUUGACGGCUGGCGGCGGCACUGUUUGCGGACGAAAAGCUGGAGGUCAACGUAGCAACAGGACAGGUACUCGUAAUAAUAGACACAGAAGGGAUUGGGCUGAAGCCAGGCGGCAGGAGCGCGAGAAGCCGUGCACUGAUGAAUGGAUUGAAGUCAAACGAGUGUGGACAAAGAUUGGGGAGCGAGGCGGGCGUUGCAUGGAAGCACUUAGCCUGUGCUUUGUCGUGGGCGCCACUGACCACGUGGACCACUGGAUGUGCGCCUAGCUGGGCGUUGUCCUACGCGACUUGUAAGGUGUUGGCAGGCGUGAAGGUGGUCAGCGUUAGGCGCAGCCUGAGGCACGAGGCGUGGGCUAUCCUCGCCCGGUGCAUUAUUGUUAGCAGCAGCUUCAUAUGUGUAGCGAGGCAAUUGGGACUUCUGCUAGAUGCAAGCCACAUUUCCGACAAGGGGGCUAAGUGGCUAAGUCGAACUCAGUGUCGUGUUGCGUGUGCCUUGGAAGUUGCUGCCUUCGAGCCCCCGUAGAGCCCCUGGGGUGCAGCUGUUAUGCGGACUCGUAUUCUCACCUGGACAGCGGGACGAAGGCGGUGCGCCAUGCGAGAAAGCAUGCUGAGGGAGAGGCCCUAGAGCUAAGCAGGG